AUGACUGCGUGUGCUGAUAUGGAGGGCGCACAUGCGUGCGUGCGGAAGCUCUUUCGAGACAUGCUAGACCUGUGCGGCUCGUUCUAUGCUUACUUCAUCGAGGACUGUUUCCGCUCCUUCCACCCCCAGGCCUUCCUGUUCCUGCAAUUCGAUGACUACAUGGCCAACCCCCGCCCGCACAUCACCCAAACGCUCGACUUCCUCGGCUUCCCCACUGCUGACGUGGCAGAGGAGCAGUGGGCAGAGAUCAUUGACCUGGAGCGAGUGGAGCAGCGGCCGGAGGGCGUGGCGAGGGCUGAGCUGGACGGGGUCAUACGAGAGUACCUAAAAGCGUUCUUCAUGCAUUUCAAUGCGGAUCUGGCGUCUGAGUGCCUCUCCUCAGGUAACAUAGCGAGCCUCAAGCACCCCACCAUGGACGCCCCUCCCGGGGAUGCUGUGCAGCGCUUGGCUGAGCUGGCAAUGAGUUGCACCGUGGAGCGCACUGCAAGCCACCCAAACAUGGCGCUCAUUUCCAACGAAUUGCAGACUGUCAGGGAGGAGGUGGCGGGGAAAGAGGAAUCUGGUGCUGCCAUCAAGGUGGAUGCGCAGGUCCAGGAGAUGAAGGAUGCUGUUGCGGGUGAGGACAGCCUGGAGAUACAACUUCAAAUUAUCGAGGAUAGCGGCAGCUUCAUCACUGAAGACCCAGUCUAG